CACCUGUGGUCACAGAUGUCUCUAAAGCAAGCCGAUCUGUUGAAACAAAGGGUUAAUUAUAUUUCCCGAAGCCGCUCAGUAUGGGUCCAGGGGGAUAAUUGCGGCAUAAGAGCCGCGGUCCAUUGCGGCAUAAGAGACCAUAUGGCUGGCGAUGUCAUGAGAUUCCCGUCGACCAUUUCGUCAUGCCUUGUUUUACUCCUGCUUCUGCUCGGAACAGCACUUGCUCGAGGCCAACGCGAUUGGGACCGACAUCACCACGAACCGAGAAUGUCACGCGGAAGGCGACCACCGAGACACCCCGACUAUGAGGACAUUCCAGUUCCCAUGGAAUGCCCUUGGUUCACGAAUGCGUUGUUCCAGUGCAUGAAAACCAGGAUGUCUAUGCGGCGAUUUCAACUCGUCACGCGCGAAAUGAGAACUGACCGUUUUAUCAGGGGUCUCCUCAGCUGCUUGACCGUAAGAAGCGUUGCUGUGCCGGAUAAUAUCUACUGCACCGACAGAGAGUCCGUGCGUAUCUUGCAGUCUUGUGUAAAAGACAAUCUCUCCGGACAGAGCAGGGCUCACCGACAAGCAGCCACAGUACUUCUCAAUGAAAUGAAGGAAUGCCUGCACUACUAUCAUUAUGAUAGACUGAGCGUGCUUAGACACAGGACAGUGGCACAUCACCUUUCAUGACCUCGUCGUCCGUUUUCAUUUGCUCCGAAAAAAGAACGAAAAAAAACAACGUGACAUAUCAGGAAAGUACACGCAAAUAAACCACAUGAGGCUACAGCGCCUCAUUUCGCUCAA